GAACACUUGCUGAUCGUGUUAGACCUUAGGUUGGCUGAGGAUUAGGAGCGAUACACCAACGUCAUUAACAGGACGAACAGCAAUGGAGCCAUGACUACAUAACUACUCAACGUUCUAAAUAUUAUACGUCUAUAAUACCCACCGCUUGUAGCGAUGUCUGGGUCCCCGGUGACGGUGAAAAAACCACGUCCAAAGAAUGACUCGGUGGCGGCCUCUAUUAAAAACAUUCGAGAGCAAAAAGGUCUCGAGAGACAGCUCACACACAUCGAGAAACUAUGGCACUUAGAGCUGAAAAAUCUAACUCGUGAAAAACUCGAAGUCACAUAUGAACUUACGCGACUCGAGGAGGAGAAGCAACAUCUGGACUAUCUGAACGAAGAGGUGGAAGGAAACAACCUCAAGACAUACACCGACACCAUCAGGGACAAAAACGGACAACAGAAGGAAGAAGAUAAACAGAUUGAUAAGUUUAAUUAUCAGAAUUCCGAGUUGAACAAGGUACAAUUAAGACUACCCGAUGUUCAUAAACCUGUGGAUAUCUUAAAGGAAAAUGGAUUACACCAGUCAAUGCCGGUAGCAAAGAAACCGAAACUAUAUAGAUCUAAUUCUAUUCUGAGACACCAGAUUCAUGCCGAAAACAAUGUAAGUUUUCCUACAGAGAGCACAAUCACACGGACAGAAUCAAAGGAAAAUGUGAAGAAUAUCAAUUUACCUGACAUUAUGUGUUCCGACCAGAGCAAAACAAAGUUUGUGAGGAUGAUAGAAAAGGAUGUGGAGAGAUUUAUAAGUAGUGAACAUAACGUUGCAGAAACGCCCAGUACGCCACGUUCCAAAUUUUUCAGGCGAAAAAAGCAGUUGUCGUUUCCUCCUCUCACAACCAUGCGUGACCGACGACACACGGUGCUUUAAAUAAUAUAUUUUCUGCAAAUUUCUUUAAUUUGGCUCACAAUGAAUAAUUGUUAUCGAUGAAAAUUUGUUCCAAACAAAUCUAACAGUACAACACUGAUGCUAUUUCUGCGUAAUUCAUUACAAAAUCAGCAUCAGUCUGAUAUAUUAAUUGAAUGACAACUAAGCAAUAUGGAGCUAGGACUUGUUGUAUAACAUAUGUAGUACUUUUAUCGCACGCGUUGUUUGUAGACAGGGGUUUGAAACGUAAAACUGUUAUCAUUGGUGCCAUAAUGUGAACAGUGAUGUUAAAGUGACAGUUACCUGUAUAAUAUGUUCUGUUUAUCUUCGAAAUAAAUAUACUGCACAAAAAUAA